GCAAACAUGAAAAUAUCGAUAUUAGUGCUGGUACUGCUGGCCGGCGUAGCCUCUGCCGGGAUCAUCAGUGGAGGUGGAGGAGGAGGUGGAGGCGGUGGAGGCGGCGGCUACAGUGGAGGUGGAGGAUCAUUUGGAGGAUCAGGAGGCGGUGGUUCAUUUGGAGGAUCAGGAGGCUACACCGGCGGUUCAGGUGGAGGAUCAGGAGGCUACUCUGGCGGUUCAGGUGGAGGAUCAGGAGGCUACUCUGGCGGUUCAGGUGGAGGAUCAGGAGGAUUCUUUGGAGGAUCAGGAGGCUACUCUGGCGGUUCAGGUGGAGGAUCAGGAGGCUACUCUGGCGGUUCAGGUGGAGGAUCAGGAGGCUACUCUGGCGGUUCAGGUGGAGGAUCAGGAGGAUCAGGAGGCUACUCUGGCGGCUCAGGUGGAGGAUCAGGAGGAUAUUCCGGCGGCUCAGGAGGAGGGUUCAUCUCUGGAGGUUCUGGAGGAUUAGGUGGUGGUUACUCUGGAGGUUCAGGAGGAAUCAUAAGCGGAGGUUCUGGAGGUGGGUAUUCCGGAGGUUCCGGUGGUGGAUUCUCAGGAGGUUCCGGAGGCGGAUAUUCUGGAGGUUCCGGUGGUGGAUUCUCAGGAGGUUCCGGAGGCGGAUAUUCCGGAGGUUCCACUGGUGGAUUCUCAGGAGGUUCCGGAGGCGGAUAUUCCGGAGGUUCCAGUGGUGGAUUCUCUGGAGGUUCCGGAGGCGGAUAUUCCGGAGGUUCCAGUGGUGGAUUCUCAGGAGGUUCCGGAGGCGGAUAUUCCGGAGGUUCCAGUGGUGGAUUCUCAGGAGGUUCUGGAGGCGGAUAUUCCGGAGGUUCAUCUGGAGGUGGUGGAUUCUCAGGAGGUUCUGGAGGCGGAUAUUCCGGAGGUUCAUCUGGAGGUGGUGGAUUCUCAGGAGGUUCAUCUGGAGGUGGAUAUUCCGGAGGUUCCGGUGGUGGAUUCUCAGGAGGUUCUGGAGGCGGAUAUUCCGGAGGUUCCGGUGGUGGAUUCUCAGGAGGUUCCGGAGGCGGAUAUUCCGGAGGUUCGUCUGGAGGUGGUGGAGGCGGUGGAUUCGGAGGGUCUGUCAGUACAGGCUACCUACCACCGAAAGGAAAAUAGAUUUUACUCGCCUAUUCCUUCGUUACCAUUAAAAAAAAUCUCUAUCUCGAUGCCAUUCUCGAUUCAGUGCACAUAUGUAAUAUUUGUUUUAUUGUACGAGUUAUUUUAAUAAAGGCCAGAUAUUUGUGUCCAUAUAUUGCCGUUUUUUA